AGCGUCACUUGCAAGAGCAGGGCGUAUCGUUGUGUCCACACCAUCUCUCAAAGUAGCCUAUUCCCCAUCGCCUACUACUCCCGCACCCCCUUCGCCACCCCUGCGCUUCACCAUUCCAUUCCCCUCUCCUCCCUGCUGGUGCUCCUCCGUCGCUGCUGCUUAGCAUUGUUGCCGCGGGGGCAUCAACAACCAUCCUCUCUGCCACAAUGGCGCACGCUGCUGCAUGCCUCCAGGCCUCCUCUGCUGCUCACGUAGCAGUCAGUCGUGCCGUCUCUGCCCCCUCCUCCUCCUCCUCCGACACCUCCGUCUUCUUCUCCGGCCUCCGCCUCCCCGCUUUGCAAUGCCGCUCCUCCAGCUCCCAUCGCGCUGCUUUCUCGCAGCGCCGUGUUUUCACUGCUGCUCUCACCGAGCAAGCCAGUAAGGUGGCCUUGACCGCCGACCUCGAGGGCGAGCCCGAGCCUCCGAUGCAUUUGUUUAAGAACAAGGAGCCAUUCAUCGGCACUGUCAAGUCCGUGGAGCGCAUUGUUGGCCCCAACGCCACCGGUGAGACAUGCCACAUCGUGAUCGACCACGGCGGCCAGAUGCCCUACUGGGAGGGGCAGAGUUACGGGAUCAUCCCCCCCGGCGAGAACCCCAAGAAGCCCGGCCAGCCCAACACCGUGCGGUUAUACUCCAUCGCAUCGACUAGGUACGGUGAUGAAUUCGACGGCAAGACCGCCAGCCUUUGUGUGCGCAGGGCUGUGUAUUGGUGCCCAGAAUUGCAGGCCGAGGACCCUGCUAAGAAGGGAAUUUGCAGCAACUUCUUGUGCGACUGCAAGCCCGGCGACAAGGUGCAGAUCACCGGACCGUCUGGAAAGGUAAUGUUGUUGCCCGAGUCGGACCCCAACGCGACCCACAUUAUGGUUGCCACCGGUACCGGGAUUGCCCCCUACAGAGGAUUUUUGAGGCGUAUGUUCAUGGAGGACGUGCCGACGUUCAAAUUCGGCGGGCUUGCGUGGCUGUUCCUGGGUGUGGCGAACUCGGACAGUCUUCUGUACCACGACGAGUUCACCAAGUACAAGGAGGCCUUCCCAGAGAACUUCAGGUACGACACUGCGCUGAGCCGUGAGGAGAAGAACAGCAAGGGAGGAAAGAUGUACGUGCAGGACAAGAUCGAGGAGUACAGCGAGGAGCUGUUCAAUUUGCUGGACAAGGGCGCGCACAUCUACUUCUGCGGUCUGAGGGGCAUGAUGCCCGGAAUCCAGGACACCUUGAAGAGAGUCGCAGAGGCUCGGGGUGAGAACUGGGAAGAGAAGCUCGCUAAGCUGAAGAAGAACAAGCAGUGGCACGUCGAGGUGUACUGAGUUCGUAGUGGCGGGUGGAACAAUGAGGAAUUUGUGAAUAGCGAUCUCCCUGUAGCGACAACCAAGAAAGGCUGCGUCGACAGGUGUGUGAGGCUGUCAAAUGUUUUUCUUGUUGACGAAGUAUGAUUAAAUUUUGCUUAAAUAGGGAAUGUAUUCUGUGUACUAUGUAGCGCAUUUAUGCCACAUGGGAACGUGAGUGGCUGUGAAUCAUCUUCAGAAAUUUGAAUGAAGGGAACUGUUAUUAUCUCGA